UCACUGCCAUCAGCGUUCCAAUGGGCGAUGGAACGUGGUACGCUAUGAGGGCUUGGUGUAAGAUACGGGAGCCUCCGCCACCGUCGUAUGCAUCGCAUGGAUUUUCCGAGACAUUGGAGCAUGAGCAACAGCCAACGGCCCAUCUUGCGGUGGCAGAUAAUGCCGUUGCCUCUUCGCCGCUCCGUUCUUCAGCAACAUGGACAAACGGUGAAACUCAAAACCCUGCGUCAUCUGGGAUCCGCCACUGCUGUUCAGAGGGCGGCAAUCCAGACGAUUCCAUGGAAGACUCUGAGGGAGAGGAUUCUGAAGAGGAUUCCGAUGCAGAGAGCGUCCAGGGGGACAACGGCGGUCGGUCUUGUCCAUUUGACAAUGCCUGCGGGAGAUAUCUGUCAGACGAUUCUCUCGAAGCUAUCCAGAGGCACGCGGUACAAUAUCAUUGGCGGGAUCUACAACCUCACGAUGGGGAGUCGGUCAACCGUGGAACUUCCACCGAUUCGGGCUAUUCCAGUGACGCCACAAUGGUCUCGGACUGACGGGAUUGGUGGACCAAGGGCCUGGGUAUCGUUCUGUUUCAAAUCUGGCAUUCGCUUCCGACAAUCAUUCUGGUAUCCUCGUGGCCGAUUAGUUCACAAUAUAUAUUACCGCUUCCUGUUCGACCAAACCGGAGCCCCGGUUGAGGGUACGUAUUUCGCCUCUUGCGGGCUUAAUUGUCUGUCGCAGAUUGUCCCUGGGACAUGCGAAGGCAAUUUCUGAGAACGAAGUAAUGAACGGCACAAACAACCUCUCCGAUUCCUCUCUCGUCCAGGUCAGGACGCCACGGGCGGGCGCCCGGAGAUGUCCCGAGGCGCUGGAAUCAUUGAUACAAUCAUAGUGACUGGCAUGUCUGGCGUACCAUAUGGCUCUCAAAUCAUCAUAUACUUCGGUUCCAAGUCAUGCGUUUGGAAGAUGGAGACCUCGGGCCUGUAUGAGAGGGUAUAUGUCUCGAUCAGAGAUCAAUUCUUG